ACACAUGCAAAUAUUACAACUGCGAGUGCAUUUUGAAGUAAUUCAAGAGGCAACAAUAAAAAGCACAAACUGCAAAAAGAACAGGGAAAAGGUGUGACAACAUUUCGAAGGCGAAUUCGUAACGUUAACGUAAUCAAAGUCAAUAAAGUGAGAAAAAGAACGUGCAAAAUAUAGAAGCGAAAUCCCCCGAAAGGAAUCCGCAAGCCAAACCAAACCAAAAAAUCGAAAGAGUUGAGCCUUAUUGACGAUGCUAACCUGCGUGUGUCGGCCCGUGUCGGGCAAUCUGCCCAAAAUGCCGCCAGCCUCAUUGAUGCCCGCCUCGAGGGCCACCUCAGCGCUCAGCCCCAGCGCCAGCAGCAACAGCAGCAGCAACAGCAACAGCAGCGCCAGCGGCAGCAGCAGCAGCUACGGCAGUGACAGCGGCUUGGGCAUGGGCUUGAGCAUGGGCAUGGGCAUGGGCAUGGCCGGCAGCAACAUCAAUGGUUCCCAGAGUCCCACGCGGGUGGUGACAUCCGAGCCGAAGCUUAACGUGCCCAGCAGGCUGACGUCAGCCGAGUUGAGGGCGAUGGCAUUGCGACAGCAGCAGCAAAUCGACAGCCAGCACCAGCUGCUGGCCACAAAGGAGCAACGGUUGCGCUUCCUCAAAUCGCAGGAGGUGCGCAGCGCGGUGGCCAGCGCCGAGGGGGAGCGACUGCGUCGGCUGCGAGAGCGUGUCGAGGCGCAGGAGUCCAAGCUGCGACGCUUACGCGCGCUGCGGGGUCAAGUGGAUCUACAGAAGACCUACAAUGUAACACUGAGCAAUGACUUGGACUCGAUCCGGGCGCUCUUCAGUGAGAAGGAGAAGGAGCUCAGCCUGGCGGUGGCCAAGGUGGAGGCGCUCACACGCCAGCUGGAGGAGCUGCGACGCGACCGACGAUGUCCUGUCAAUCUGCUGGCCGCAACCGGACAGACGGCGGCGCAGGCUUUGCCGCCGCAGGCCUCGCGGGAGCUCGAGAAGCUGCGACGCGAGCUGAUGUAUCGCAAUCAGUUGUCCUUGCAGCAGGAUGCACGCUUGCACAUGCAACGCGAGGCCCUGCAGCAGCGGCAGGCGGAGCUGCGCUCGGUGGAUCAACGCAUUUACGAGCUGCAAACGCGCCUGCAGCGCAAAAAGCAGGCGAACACGCAUCACCAGCAGCAACAGCAACAGCAGCAGCAACAACAACAGCAGCAGCAACAACAGCAACAACAACAGCAGCAGCAACAACAGCAGCAGCAGCAGCAACAAGCAGCUGCACAGCAACAACAAUUGCAGCUACUGGCAGCAACAGCAGCAGCAGCAGCCCAACAGCAGCAACAACAGCAGCAGCAACAGCGUCAGCCUGCCUCCAAGCAUGGAGGCGUGGCUGCCUUGAAGCAACAACUGCUGCAGAAGCAGGUCAAUCAGCUGGCAGCAGCAGCCGCUGCCGCAGCCGCCGGCCGAGCAGCCGAGCGUGCCAUGGCACGGGGCAGCGUCAAUGUGGCCGCCGUCGAGCCCUUCAUACACACGCCCCAGAAGUCGACGAUAACAACGACGGCCAGCUAUCUGAGCGCGGGCAACAUGCUGAAGCAUGCGGCAGCCACGGCCAACACCAAUCAGCAGAAUCAGCUCAUCCAGGAUCUGAGUCACAGCCACGUGAAGCUGACCCCGGGCCAGAGUUUCUAUCCCAGCAGUGUUGCAGCCUCGGCGGCAGCAACGGCAACAGCAGCAGCAACGGCAGCGAGCAACAGCAGCGAAAGCGACGAAUCGAAGCUGGCCAAGAAGCUCAAAUCGGAGGCGGAGCUGCGCAAGCAGGCGCAAACGGAGGCCAUGGACAGCACGACGCACAUUUAUGCCGAGGUGGGACCCAAGAAGCGGGAUAGAGAGGCGGCAGCAGCAGCGGCAGCAGCAGCAGCAGCAGCAGCGGCGGCAGCAGCAGCGGCAGCAGAGGCAACAGCAGCAACCACAGCAACUGCAGCAACAUCCACAACAACAGCAACAACUUCUCCAGCUGCUGCAGCAAAUGCCAGCAAAAUACCGAAGAGCAUCUCGAGCAGCAGCUCCGCCUCGGCGCUGAUCAACAAAUUGAAUCAGCAGGCAAAGGAGUCGCAGGAGCCAACAGCCGUCAAGAAGAACGAGAUUGCGGUGACCAGCGAGACGUUGUCCGAGCGCAACACGCAGCAGCAGCUAACGGUGCACAGCAUGCCGCUGGGCGCAGUCAGCAAAUCCGUGGCCAUGGCUGUAUCCAAUGCAGGAGCCCCCAGCAGCAGCAGCAGCAGCAUCAGCAGCAGCGGAACGAAGCCUCUGCAGGUGCAGGUGGCUGUGCCGCCGCGCAAACCCAUCAGCAGCGUGGCGCCCACCUCGAUGAGCAGCAGCAGCAGCAGCGGAGGCAGUGGCGGCAGCUCCAUACCCAAAAUGAUCAACUACAGCCCCAAGGUGAAUCGCGUGGCGCCCAAUGUGGUGUCCAGCACAUCGGCUGAGCUGCGACCCGCGUUGCCGCCCAAGCCCAGCAAAAUGUCGCCCACUGAGCAGCCCAGCGAAUCGAGUGGAGCAACAACAGCAGCAGCAGCAGCCACCACAUCCGGCAAGGCUCAGGCACAAACAGCAGCGCCGGCCACGCCCAGCUUCGGGCUGCAGUCCCUCAACAUCAAUGACAAUUUGCCCAUAAAAGCCAAGCCGCUCACCAUACGCAAGCAGCCCAUAUUCGAGCAGCCACCGCGGCUCAAGGCGCUGCCUGUGGGCGGUGGCCUGACCAAGGCCGGGGCGCAGCAGCUGCCGCGCAAGGCAGAGGCCGGGCAGCAGCAGCAGCAGCAGCCGAAGCAGCAGGAGCCUAGCCGCAGCACACUCGACUCGCCGCAGCACUCGCCCAACAGCAACUCGCAGAGCAGCUCGAGCGUGGAUGAGCCCGAUCGCCUGGAGCGCACCCAGGCGGAGCUGAGCAACAGCGGGGGCAGCAGCAGCCUCAAGGAGCGCACCAGCAGCAAGCCGAAGCUGGGGCGACGCGUAAGCUUUGAUCCGCUGGCGCUGCUGCUCGAUGCCAGCCUGGAGGGCGAACUGGAGCUGGUCAAGAAGACGGCCAUGCAGGUGGCCAAUCCCAGCGCGGCCAACGACGAGGGCAUCACAGCGCUGCACAAUGCCAUCUGUGCGGGCCACCUGGACAUAGUCAAAUUCCUUGUGCAAUUUGGCUGUGAUGUGAAUGCGCAGGAUUCGGAUGGCUGGACGCCGCUGCACUGCGCCGCCAGCUGCAACAAUCUGAACAUGGUCAAGUUCUUGGUGGAGAGCGGUGCCUGUCUGUUUGCCUCGACGCUGUCCGAUCAUGAGACGCCGGCGGAGAAGUGCGAGGAGGAUGAGGAGGGCUUUGAUGGCUGCUCCGAGUAUUUGUACAGCAUUCAAGAGAAGUUGGGCAUCUUGCACAAUGGCGAAGUCUAUGCGGUCUUCUCGUACGAGGCGCAGAACAGCGACGAGCUGAGCUUCCACGUGAACGAGCCGCUGAUCGUGCUGCGCAAGGGCGACGAUGCCGAGAACGAAUGGUGGUGGGCGCGCAAUGCAGCGGGCGAGGAGGGCUACGUGCCACGCAAUCUGCUCGGGCUAUAUCCACGUGUGCCGCCGCAGUCGCCGCAUUUCAGCGAUUAGCAGUUAAUACGCUACACCAUACUCAAGCGCAAGGCUGGCCGACUUGUGCAGAAGCGCUAUAUAUCCAAGUAUAUAUAGUGAGCUAAGCAGCAGCAGCAACAGCAGCAGCAG